AUGUUUUUAAGAUAUAAACAAAUCAGUGGCGAAAGAUGGAAAUACAUGCAACAUUACUUGCAGCCAAAGUAUGGAAAAAUCGUUAGAAUAGGACCCAAGAACAUUAUUGUGUCCGAUAAAGAAGUGAUCAAACAAAUGUUGGUUACGGAUGAAAUGCCAAAGAGCGAAAACUAUGAUACACUUAGAGUGGAAGAUGCUCGAGUUUCAUUAUUCGUUACAAGGGAUGUAUCGUUUCAUAAAAAACGUAGACGAAUUCUCACACCGGCAUUCUCUUUAAAAUACCUUGCAUCGUUAGAACCACUGAUGCAAUCUUGUUUAAGAGAUUUAACUACAAAACUUGACGAAUCUAUCGAUAACGAUAAAAAAAUUCAUGGCGCUAUUGUUAAUAUUUAUGAAUUAAUCAGGAAUACAGCAAUGGAUAUUAUAGGAGAAACUGCUUUUGGAGAGUCAUUUAGUAUAGUAAAAAAUGGGAAUCAUCCCUUACCUAGACUAACUUUUCGAGAAUUGGUUAGAAGAGUUUUAUGCAGCACAUUUCCGGCUCUAAAGUUAUUUUUAAAGAUGGAUCCUUUUAUCGAUGAAUUUUCAAUUAAAAUGAUAAAUAAAAGGAAAAAUUCGGAAAUAAAGAAGAAUGAUUUAUUGCAAAUUAUGCUGGAUUCAAUUAAUGAUGUUAAAGGAGGAAUGGAACAAAUAGAAAUUUGUGAACAGAUGUUAGAAUUCAUCUUUGCAGGAACUGAUUCUGGGAGUUAUAUCAUAACGAUGACAAUAAUUGAAUUAUUACGUCAUCCCGAAUCAAUGGAGAAAUUAAUAAAAGAAUUGGAUGCCGCUUUAAUUAAUAAUAAUGGAGAGUUUCCAUUAAAUGAUGAAAUAAAACAUUUACCAUAUUUAACUGCUGUUAUUAAUGAAACUUUAAGAUUAUAUCCUAUUAUGAUGGAUGUUGGUGUUAGUAAACAACUUACAAAAGAUUCGAUUAUGUGUGGAUAUUUUAUUCCUAAAGGGACCUGUGUAAAUUUGAAUAUUUAUGCCAUACAUUAUUCAAAAGAAUAUUGGGGAGAAAAUGCCGAAAAAUGGAUUCCUGAGAGAUGGUUAGAUUUAGACAAAUUACCGAAAAAUGCUUUUUUUCCAUUUUCUGCUGGAUCAAGGAAUUGUAUUGGAAUAAAUUUUGCAUGGCUUGAAAUAAGAAUUAUUAUAGCAACUUUAUUACAAAGAUAUAAAUUGGAAGAUAUGUCAGAUCAAAAAUUAAAUUUUGUUCAAUUUAUUACACCUUCUUUAAAGAACCAAUCAGAAGGUAAAAUAGAUACGCCGUCAUUAUGGGAAAAAGUCAUGUCCAAAUUACCAACUGAUAAAUUCCUUGAAGAAGAUAUACCCAUUGAUAGUUUAACAAUAAAAGAAUUAAACGAUUGGACAAAAGGGAUUGCACAGACAUGUUUACGAGGAAAUGCGUCGUUAGUAUACAGUGUUGACGAACUAUCACCUCCGGAAUCAGCAAAAAGUCUCGCCAAUCCCAUGAGAUAUAAAAAGAAACCUUCACAAAUCUCAUUUCAAAAUAUGGAGGAACAACCACAAUUCUUUACAACAGCAGAUAAACAAAUAGAAGUCGAGAAAAUAUUAUUAAUUUUAGAUAACAUUUAUGAUUCGGUUGAUGAAGUUCCUUACUUUAGGACAGAAGAGGAUUUUUCGCCUAAUGUGCCACGUUAUGCACCACUUCAAACCAUUCUAAGUUCGUUUGCUAUAAGAUCUGUUCAAACAGUUGAUAAUUAUAUUUUACAUUCGGUUUGUUCAACAACAAAUACAAGUUUUCAUAGGUACGCAGAUAGAUCUAUAUUUUAUAAUUCAUUAUCAUCCGGAUUAUCAUCAGCAGUUAUCAUACAUGUUUCUAGAGGAUUGAAAACCGACGUCUUGAUAGAUAUCAUUAGUACAUUAGCGAUUCAAUUACAUAUGGUGAAAUCAAUUGCUUCAUUAGCUGGAUUAGAUACAGCAGAUGAUGCAGUUCGGACAUUGAUUUAUUUGUGUAUCGUCUCGGAUGGGGUUAAAAGCUCGAUUGCAGAAACAGCCAAGGAAUUAGCAAUGAUAAUCAUGCGUAAAAUGGUAGUGGAUCAAAUUCCCGCAUCUGCCUUAAGAUCUAUAAAUAAACGCGUUGCAAUGAAAUUGCUUAGUAAAGAAGUUGGAGGUAAAGGAUUAAUUAAUUUCGCUUCGUUAAUUCCUUUUGUGGGUGAAUUGGUUACAUUUAUCAGUGAUUCUUUGACAACAUAUGGCAUUGGACAAGUUUCUAAAUAUGUUUUUUGUCCUACGGAUGACACAAGCGAAACAAAACAUGAUGAUGAUUCACCAUCUUCCCCACCACCUCAUCCUGGUAGAAUUGAACUUUAA